CCUAUGAAAUAAACGUCAGAAAAACUGAAAAAGCGCUCCUAUUUUUUUAAUAUAAGUUUAAACUGUAUAGAUAUAAAAACAAAAUGAAGCAUUUACAAAAAUCCAAAGUUACUUUCAUUCAUCCAGACUUAGGAAUUGGGGGAGCUGAGAGACUUGUUUUGGAUGUGGCGAUUGUUCUUGCUAAUGAAGGAUGUGAAGUACAAUUUUUAACUAAUCAUUUUGACAAGUCUCAUGCAUUUAAAGAACUUCAAGAUGAAACAUUUCCAGUAAAAGUUGUUGGUGAUUGGUUACCUCGCAGUAUUUCUGGAAAAUUUUAUGCCUUCUUUGCUUAUAUGCGUAUGUUAUAUCUAGCUAUUUUCUAUUUAUACUUUUCAACUGAAAACAAAAGUGAUAUAUACUUUGUUGACCAAAUACCAAUAGCCAUCCCUUUUAUUAAAUGGACAGGAGGCAAAGUUAUUUACUAUUGCCAUCAUCCAGAUUUAUUAGCAAGCUCCCCUGGAGGUUUUUUAAAAACGUUAUACAGAAAACCUAUUGAUUGGCUCGAAUUAAAAGGUACCUCAGUUGCUGAUAUCAUUCUUGUAAAUAGUAAAUAUACAUCUUCAGUAUUUAGAGAUACUUUCCCAACAAUACAUAAGAAAGUAACAAUUUUGUAUCCCACAAUUUCUCAAAGUUUGUAUGAAUCUAUUUCAUCUAAAACAUUGACAAAACCAGUUGAUGAACUUGUACCUGAAAUCAAGGAUAACACUGACAAUAAAUUUGUUUUACUAUCAAUCAAUCGCUUCCAUCCAGCAAAAAAGCUUGAUUUGGCUAUUAAGGCGUUAGCAGAGUUAAAAAAUAUAAUUUCAACUGAAGACUUAAAAAGAGUUAUUCUUAUUAUAGCUGGAGGGCAUGACCCUAACUUUUCCAUUAAUGCCUCUUAUUUUAAUGAAUUAGUUGAGUUAGCAAAUGAAAUGAAAUUAAAUAAUAACAUAGUUCUCAUAAAAUCGCCUUCUGAUGAAUUAAAAACAGAUCUUUUACUUUCUUGUGAUUGCUUAUUGUACACACCUGAAAAGGAACAUUUUGGGAUUGUGCCAUUAGAAGCAAUGGCUGCAAGAAAGCCGGUAAUAGCUCUUAAUAGUGGAGGGCCAAGGGAAACUGUACUGAAUGAGACAACAGGUUUUCUUUGUGACAUAAAUCCACAAAGCAUGGCCGAAUGUAUUUCGAAGGUUUUAGACAAAAAAAUUGCCAAAAAAAUGGGUGAUAAUGGGAGGAAAAGAUUGGAACAAUUAUUUACUAAUUCUGUCUUCCAUGAGUCAGUGGUGAAAAUAUGUAAUAAACUUUUAAAUGAAUAAGCUUGUCGAAUUUGUUAAAGAACAUUUGUUAUACUUCUUAAUGUCAUUUAACAUAUUCAUAAAAAGAAAAGAAGUAAUUUAAAGUUUUAUUUUCAUAAACUUACCUUUCUUUUUGAUAAUUGUGUGAUUAUUAAUGCAUAUUUUUAAUUGUUUUUAUUGGAAAAAAAUAUCUAAAAAAAAUAUAUGAGUCAGUAGCAACAUAAACAGUUGUGGGAUUCCGUAAUUAAAAGACUCGUAUUUAUGCCAGAAACUUAUUUAUUCCUUCCUAGAACAUGCCACACAACUGUAACACAGUCUAGGGUUUCCUCUCUUUAUUCCUGUUUCUGUUUCUACUAACUAGCCCUUCGUGUUCUCCUAUUCAUUCCAAUGUCUUCUCAUUUUAGA